AUGAAUUCCCCCUUUCGUAUAUCAUCAGCUAGAAGAUCUUCAGGAUGUAAGAGUGAAUGCAAAUAGCAUUUCUUUACAACUAAUAAAUGUAUGUCUUGUUCUAUUAAUUAUAAGUGAUUCUUAAAUAACCUAAAGAUAAAGAAAAACUAGAAGAAACUGUUAUUCAUCUCAAAUUAUAAAUUAAUCUCUUGAAUGAUAACAAUGCUAAACUCAGAUUUGAAAUUUAACAUCUUCAAGUAUACAUUAUAUAAUAUAAUUAGAAAUAAUUGAAUAAAUAAGAAAAAGCAUUAUAAAUGAAUAAGAAACUUCAUAUUGAUUCCAAGAUGCAAACUCAAUAGAGUGAUUACACUAAAGCAUUUAAUGAGGAAAUAUUUAAUAUAUCAUAAUAGACUUGUUAGAUUAUUGCUUAUUCUAAAUAAAUAAAAGAAUUAGAAAAUACUAUUUAAUAAAAGAAUCAAUAAAUUGAAGAUUUAAAAAGAGAUACUAGAAAAACUAGAUAUACAGAAUUGCAAGUAUUUUUAUCUAUAUUAUUAUAGAUUUAAUAUGAAGUUAUUUAAAAAGAAUAUGAAGAAUUACUUAAAAAAUAUUAAGCCUUAAUACAUAUAAGGUAAUAUAAAUAUAUUAUCUUAAUUAUAGUUAAUUUGCUAGUAAUGAUGAAUUAAACAAAGAUAAUAUUUAUCUAUCCAAAUAACUUUAUGAUAAUUAAUAACUUAUAUAAUAAUUGAAUAAUAAAGUUAAGAAACUUGAAACUGAAUUACAUUAGAGUAAUUUUAAACGAUAACAAAUUGAAAGACUUAUUUAAGAAAAAGAAAAAGAAUUAAGUUUAACUCAUUUUGAAUAUAGCAAUCCUAAGAAAACUAUUGCUGAUCUUAAUAAAUAAUGGUAAUAAAAAUUAGAUUUACAAUUAAUGUCAUAUUAGAGAUAGGAAUAAUUAUUAAUUUAUAAAUAAGAGUAAAUAGCUGAAUUAGAGAAAAAGAUAACUGAUUUAGAAUAAUAAUUAUAAUAGAAAGAUUUUUAUCAUAAAAAAGAUAUUGAUAAUUUGCAUUUGGUUAUAGCUACUUUAAAAGAUCAAAUAUUUUAAUUAGAAAAUGAAGACAAAAGAAAAUCAUUACCUGUAAUUGAUUAACCUAAUGAAUCAUCUGAGAGAAAUAAAAAACAUGCUUCAGUAAUUAUAAAUAAAAAAAGAAUUUAAAAAGUUAAUUAUCAUGAAAUUUCAUUAAUGUUAUUAGAAUUAUAAAUGAAAUUAAAAUUGAAUGAAAUACCUUUUAAUAGAUUAGAUCAAUAUAUCUAUUCAAAAUCUGUAAAGGGUUGUUUAACAUUAUCAGAUUUAAUAGAAACAUUUAAAUAAUAUCCAUUUGAAUUAAAUGAUGAAUAAGCUACUCUAAUAGCUAGAUUUAUUAUAGAACCAGAAUAAGAAGAGUGGAUAUAUUAUGAUGUAAAUUGUACUAAUGAUAUUGUUAUUUCAAUUAGUAUCUUUAAAAAUCUAAUCAAACCAUAUGAAUUAAUUUCAUAUGAAGAGAAUAAAGUAUUAUAUACUCAAUUACGCUAAGUAUAAUUAUUUAUAUAAUUAGAUCAUGAAAUCAAAUUAAAAUAAAAUAGUAUCAUAUUUGCAAUUGCAGGGAGAUCAUUGCAAUAUAUAAGAGUUUAAAAAAGCUCUUGAUUAUAAUGAUGUCAUUUUAUCUCCAAAAUUAGAUGAUCUCUUAAUGAUAAAGAUUUAUGAACAAUUCAAAUAACUAAGUAAAUUUAAAUACUCUAUUAUUUUUGAUAUAUUUUAAUGA